AUGUUGUCCUUUUAUAAGAAGACACUGCAAUGUUGGGAAAAGAAGAUGGAAGAAAAAAAAGGAGAUCUUUUCAAGGAACAAGUACUUAUGGUUGAAACAAGAGCAGCUCUGAUUGAACAAGGAAAACAUAUUGAGAGUCUUCAGAUGAAAAUAAAUUGCCUGCAGGAGGAACUCAAGGACUCUGAGCUACAAGCUACAUUACCGGCAGAGGCACUGAGUAAAGACCAUUAUGCACCAUGUUUGUAUGAAGUAGGCAUGGAACAUUUAGAAUCACAAAUGAGUGGAGCAGGAAAAAGAAGCUGCGUUUAUGUAUGGCAAACAAGCACACAAGCUAAAAAACCUGACGAUGAAGAAAAGCGAGAGGCUGAAAAGCAAGAGGCUGAAAAGCAAGAGGCUGAAAAGAUGACACAGAAAAGCGAGAGCCUGCCUCCUGCAGUUCCUCAAUUGUCUAGAUAUAACCUAAACAAGAAAUGGCUUGAAGAAUCUAUAGAGGGAAUCCAAGGGAAAGGAGAUCCCAAGGUAUCCAAGAAGAAAGUACUAAGGUGGCUUCAGGCAUCCAUGGAAAACCUUACAGAGGAAGUUUCAGAAGCACCCAAACCAGCUAUUGAAGAAUGGCUUAAAGAAUCCCGUAAAUACAUUGAGCAGAAAUGUCCUGAAGAAGCCAGACAGGAUGUGAAAGAAUGGCUUGACAUAUCCAUAAGUAAUCUCCAAGAGGAAGGGCCUGAAACAGACCACCUAAGUGUGCCAGAGUGGGCUGAAGCAUCCAGGAAAGGCAUCCAGGAAAUCCAAGAGCAAAGUCACAAAGCAACAAAACCAAAUGCUCAGCAGCAGAUGCUUGUAGUGCCAGAACUGCUUCAAGCACCCAUGGAAAAACCUCCAGAAGCACCCAGACAGGAAGGUCCUGAAACGACCCAGCUAGUUGUUCCGGGACGGCCUCAAGCAUUGAAAGGCCUGCAAAAUGAAGACGCAUUGAAAGGUCUGCAAAAUGAAGAAGCAAAAGAGAAAAUGAAGCAAAAGGUCAAAGAAUCCAUGAGAGGUGUCCUACAGGACGGCAAUAAAGCAUCUAGAGAAAAAAUGCAAAAAUGGCUUGCAGCAUCCAUUAAGGACUUCAUGGAAAGGGGUCCUGAAGAUGCCAGUGAGGGUCUGGAGGAAUGGCUUGAGUCAUCCAUGAAAAAAAUUGACGAGCUAUAUCCUGAAGAAUCAAAUCACGAUAUGAAGGAGUGGUUUAAAGCAUCCAUAAGAAACCUCCAAGAUCUAGGGCCUGCAGCGUCCCAUCUAGGUAUACAAGAAUGGCUUGAAGCAUCCAUGAGAAACAUCCAAGAAAUUCCUGAAGCACCCGUGAAGGAUAUCCAGAAGAAAAGUCCUGAAGCAAACACGGAAAGCAUACAGGAGAAAGGUCCUGAGGCAUCCGGUAAGAAGGUGCCUAAACCAUUCACAGAAAACCAUCAGAAGUCCAUGCUGAAUGUGGGGAAGUGGCUUCAGUCAAACUUGAUAAGCCGCAUACAAGAAAGUUCUGAAACAUCCAUAGAGAACGUGCAGGACUGGAUUGAAGAAUCCUUAAGAAACGUUGAAGAUGAGUUGCCUGAAGCAUCCAGGCAGGAUGUGAAAGAGUGGCUUGAAGAAACCAGAAAGGGGCUCCAAGAGGGAAGUCCUGAAGCACCCAAGCAGAACCUCAACGAAUUCCUAAAAGCAUCCAUUCUGAACCUCGAAGAGGACAUUCCUCCACCAACUGCCAAAAGUGUGCAUCAGUGGCUUGAUGAAUCGAUAGCAAAUGUCCAAAGGGGAGCCUCCAGACUAGGUGUUCAAAAGUGGCUUGAACAAUCCCUGAAAACCAUGGAAGAGGAAGGGCCUGAUAUGCCCAGACAGAACCUACAGCAAUGGUUUGAAAAGUCCAUAGAAAACCUGGGUGAAACAUGUCCUGAAGCAAUAAGACGUGAUGUGAAAGGAUGGCUUGAGGAAUCCAUGGUGAACGUUCAAGAGCAAGGUCCCGAAGCACCUAAGUUGAAUGCGUACAAUUGGCUUGCAGAAUCUGUGCAGAAUUUUAAAGAGGGAACUUCUGAAGAAAGUAUAGUAAAUGUGGAGGGGUGGGCGGAAUCAGCGAUACAGAGUCUCAAAGAGGAAGCCUCCAAUCUGAAUGCUCAAGAAUGGCUUGCAGAGUCCCUAGCAUACCUCAAAGAAGACCCAGAAGCAUCACGGCAAAAUAUCAAGCAAUGGCUCGACGAAUCCAAAACACACCUCAAUGAGGUAUGUGCUGAAGAAGCUAGAGUGGAUGUGGAAAAAUGGCUUAGAGAAGUCACAGAGAGCUUCCAGGAGGAAGGACCCGAAGCAUUCAGAGGGAACCUGCAGGGAUUCAUAAGAUCGUCGAUGUCAAACCUCAAACAGGAAAGUAUUGCAGCAGCUAGAGCGAGCAACAGGGAUUGGGCUGGCAUAACCAGAUAUACUCCAAACACCAAGGAUUCUGUUCCAAAAAUAAAACGCAACGUAUCCAGAAUGAAAAGGUAUUCUAUGCCAAUUAAGUUAAGCAAAUCAGUGCUAGGUCAAAUAGUUGAGGAAAGCGAAGGAAGCAAAUCGACCGUCGAAGAGGACAGAACAAGUUGGAAGGGAGCAAGAAACUUGGAUAGAGAAACACCCCAGGAGGGAGAAACUAUCCGGGAGGGAGAAACAAUCCGGGAGGGAGAAACAAGCUUUGAGGAAGAAGAAACGAGCUUUGAGGAAGAAGAAACGAGCUUUGAGGAUGAAUAUCCAGAAGUGCCUGAAGGAAUUAUUUCGCGAGGAAAACAGGUAUAUGAAAAAAGUCAAAUCAAACACAGAGAUUAG